AUGUGGACGACCCAUCCAUUGAACGGCGUCAAAGUCGUCGAGCUGGCUGGCCUAGCACCUGGCCCCUUUGCCGGCCUUCUGCUUGCCGACUACGGCGCCUCAGUGCUCCGCAUCGACCGUGCACCCAGCAGGAGGAAUACCGUUGGGCCUGUCGGUCUGACUCGCCGCAAGUCCUCGAUCUACCUCGACCUGAAGAAUGCGCGGUCUCGAGAUCUCCUUCUGUCCAUCCUGCUCCAAGCCGAUGUCCUAAUUGACCCUUUCCGGCCAGGCGUGCUUGAGCGUCUCGGCCUCUCACCUACCGAUGUGUUACUCAGACAUAACCCGCGCCUUGUCGUCGCUCGUAUGACUGGUUUCCGCCGUGACGGCAAGUACAAAGAUAUGGCAGGCCAUGAUAUCAACUACAUCGCUGUGUCCGGUGUUUUGUCUAUGCUGGGACGUAGCGGUGAGACUCCCUACGCGCCCGGUAAUAUAUUGGGGGAUUUUGCCGGUGGCGGGGCUAUGUGUUUUAUGGGCAUCCUCCUCGCGCUCAUUUCGCGACAGACAACGGGCAAAGGCCAGGUAGUCGAGGCCAAUAUGGUAGAUGGAUCGGCGUAUUUGGCAACCAUGCCUAGAGUAGCACUCACUACUCCGUUAUGGGACGGGCCCAGGGGCACGAAUACGCUGGAUGGCGGGUGCCCCUGGUACGAUACUUAUGAGACCAAGGACCCGGGGAAAUACUUUGCGGUUGGUGCGCUCGAGCCGCACUUUUAUUCGGUGCUUUUGAAAGGGCUAGGGUUUGAAAAAGGGGAUGUCCCGGAUCGAGACGACAAGGGAAAUUGGCCUGCUAUUAGGCAGAUGUUUACGCAGAGAUUCAAAGAAAGGACACGCUCAGAAUGGGAGAUGGUCUUUGAUGGCAGCGAUGCUUGUGCUACUCCUGUCUUGGAACAGGCUGAGCUGGAAAGGCAGGGGUACGAGCAGAGACUACCGGUUGACCUGGUCAGUACGCCGGGCAAGCCGUUUGCGUCGGAGGAAGCUGGAAGAGGAGGAGGAGGAGGUGGUGGUGGUGAAGGCAGAUUGAAGGAAUGGUUUGGGUGGACUCGGGGAACGGAAUAUGAGGAACGAGAUAGAGUUUUGGUUUCAAGAUUUGAGACCAGAUGUAUUGAUUUCGCCGCCACACGGCAUGCUUCGGUAGCAUCGACUCGUUUCAGCGGGGGAUCUGACUGCAACGGUAAUGUGGCGCAGAGUCUUCAUAGGCCUCGACUGUCUUGGAACAACGGUCCCUAG